AUGGAAACAUUUUUAGAAUCAAUUGGUGACGAUAUUGUAUUAGAAAAUAAUGGUGGUACACGUGCAACAAUAAUUGAAGAAUUAUACACUUAUCGAUCAUUAGCGAACCAAUACAAGAGUAAAAAUAAACCAAACACAUUAUCAUGUCUUGCCUUUUGGAAAAUUUAUGAAUUUACAUUACCUUACCUUUUUAAAUUAGCAAAAAGACAUAUAUGUAAACCAGCUACCAGUGUGGCUGCUGAAGCAGCAUUCUCAACAGCAUCUUAUAUUGCGCGUCGAGAAAGAUCACGACUGUCAGUGAAAAAUUUUGAAGCAACAAUGUUUUUAAAGGUAUAUAUUAAAAUAGAAAAUUUUCUUUGUGAGGAUAUUUAUAAAAUUUAA